AUGACCACUUCUCUUUCUAAUUACUAUGCCUAUAAUUACACCCAAUUAUGCAAUUUAUCCCAAAAAUCGUUUAUCGAAACUCCUAAAUUUCUCUCUGGUGGAGCCAGAAUUAUUGGAGUUUUGGGUAUUCCAUCCAACUUUUUCGCCUAUUACAUUUUGAUUUUCCACACUCCAAAAUCAAUGGUUCAUCUGAAAUUAUGUCUAUUGAAUCUGAAAAUUUGGACGCUUCUGAUAGACCUGAUUUAUUCAGUUUUCCUGAUUCCUUAUGUAUUUUAUCCAAUUUUUGCAAUGGGAUACAUUGGAAUUUUCAGCACAAUUUUCAAGAUUCCAUCUGAAAUUCAAUUUUAUUUUGCUAUGUGUUGUUAUGGAGGAAUAUCAUCAGCUGGAAUUCUUAUUUUUGAAAAUCGCCAACAUCACAUGGUUCCCAAAGGCUACAGAUUUCGAAUUCAAAAUCCCACUUUUAGAAUUUUUCUAAUCAUUUUUAAUGCAUUUUUGGGAAUGUCUGUAAUGCUCCUGGCGAUUUGGUUAAGAGCAGAUAGUGAUGAAUUGAAGUUUAAGUUUUUGAAGCUCAACCCUUGCCCAGAUCCUCUCUACUUUUCCUCUUACACAUUCUCCGUGGACACUAAUCGCAACGAAUUCAGCACUGGAAUCCUCAUAAUUCUAUUUUUCAUCUCCCUACAGUACUCAUUUUUUGUCUCCCAUUGUGUCUGGUACAUCUAUUCUGAAGAGGCCGCCCGUUACUCAAGAAAUACUAGGAGAAUGCAGAAAAUGUUUUUAUUUGCAUCAUUCUCCCAAGUGGCAAUUUUCUUGGCUGUUUUUGUAGUUCCAUUGGGAAUUUUUGCAUUUGUAUUGACUACUGGAUACAGAAAUCAGGGACUCAUGAAUAUUUGCAAUUUAAUAAUUCCAACUAUCGGGUUGAACACUUCAAUUGCUCUAGUCGUUAUGUACAAGCCGUAUCGAGAUUUCGUAAUCAAAAAAUUGAUAAGAAAAGGAGAAAAGGAGGAAACACCAAAUACCAAAUCUGCUGUUGUGUUUUGA